UGUAAACACAAAGUAUGAAUUUUGUCGCAUAACUUUCUCGUCUCAUUUAAUUAAUUUUACUUCAGUUUCCUUAUGGAUAUUAAUGAUGCUUUUGAGCAGAUUCUUCUAAGUGAGGAGCGAAUCGCUGAAGAAAGCUACAAGAAGGGGUUUGAGAAAGGAGUAAGCGAGGGAAAUUUAGAAGCUUAUCAUAUCGGAUUUCAUAGAGGUGCAGAAAUUGGAGCAGAACUAGGCUUCUAUUUGGCUGUAUUAGAGAAUCAUAAAAUUCCAGCACCAAUUGAUCAGAAAGUGCUAAAUCUGAUAACACAAUUAAAAGGCAUAAUUGAGCAGUUUCCACAGAUUAAUUGCGAUACAUUUGAUCUUUUUGAAUCACUCAAUACAAUUAGAGCUCAGUUUAAGAAACUUACAGCACUGCUCAAAAUCACAAACUUAGUUUAUCCUCAAAAAUCUGAUUUAAGCUUUUAAAUAAAAUGGUUAAUAGACUAGAAUUAAUAACUACAGUCCAAAAACAUCUGGAUCUAAUAGUAAAACAUAUGGAACCGUCAAGGGAUUUCGUUAAUAUGCAUAUGGUAGCCUGGAUCUGUGAGAAUUUGUACGUUAAGCAUGUUCCAGAGAACAUUAGAAGUGAAAUUAACUCAGUUGAAGAUGUUAAAUCAGCAAUGGAUCUUUUUUUCCAAAAAGAUAAGCCAUCAAUUGACUUAAUUAAGAAGCAUCAAAGUCUACACAACAAGAUCCAAUUGGAAAAAUUGUUUUAUCUUGAAAAUUUAACUGACAAGCUUUAUUUAACUCAUGAUGAAAUGAUUGACGAGUUUAAGGCACUGAAUAUCCCAACUGAUCUAGGCUUAAAUGUUCAUGUUAAGGAAUUCAUGAAGGACAAAAAGUCUCAUGAAGUAAGCGUUGCUUCUAAAAUUGUCGGAAUCCUUUCCAGAGCUCGUCAUAAAAAACCAUUAAUUCUUGAUUUUGGUGAUGGCAAAGGAUAUCUAUCGACACGUGUAUCUCUAGAAUUCAAUCUUAAAACUCUUGGUAUUGAUGCAAGCGAUCAUAAUGCCCGCGAAGCUGAACUACGCAACAAGAAAUUGACAAAGUUGUGGCCUCAUUUAGUUAAGAAGGAAGCAAAAAAGAACAAUAUUGAGGCACCAGAAAUGAAUGAGGAAGUUCUUAAUGAUAACAAGUACAAGACAAUUGCAUCUUACAUUUAUGGUGAUACAGACUUGAAUAAGUUAAUAGAUCAAGCAUAUCCAGAAGAGAAAAUCGAUGAGAUUUGUCUUAUUGGGCUGCAUACAUGUGGGAACUUGUCAGCAAAUUCUUUAAAGCAUUUUGUUACUAACGAUAGACUUAAGAUGAUCAUGAAUGUUCCAUGUUGUUAUAAUUUACUGUUUGAGGAAUUCGAAAUUGACUAUUUUAAUGAGAAGGAACGAAUCAUAGACCAUCCUAAUGACUUUGGAUUUCCACUGUCUAAUUAUCUCAAGGCACAAAAAUGUAGAAUUGGCAGGAAUGCACGAAUGCUUGGUACACAGAGUUUUGAGAGAAUUUUGAAUGGAAUUAGUAAUCCUGAUGAAUCGCUCUUCUUUCGUGCGAUAUUUGAAAAAUUACUUCGACAGCGGUACCGUAAAGGAUUAAAGCCACACGUUUACCGACUUGGUAAAAUAAAGAAAGUUAAAAAUUUGGAAGAAUAUAUCAGGAAAGCGUGUCAACGACUAAACAUUACAUACGAUUUGACUGAGGAUGAAAUUAAGCAGUUAGAAAACGAACAUAAAUUCGAUAAGGAAGCAAUCACGUUCCAUUAUUUUAUCAGACUUUUAUCGGCUAAAACUAUCGAAACUUUAAUUCAUCUAGACAGAUAUCUUUAUCUAUUAGAAAAUGGUGUUAAACAUGUUUAUCUUGUAAAACUUUUUGAUAGUGUUAUUUCUCCGAGGAACUUUGCUGUUUUAGGAAUAAAAGAAUAAAAAUUUUUUGAAAUUUACAA